AUGGCUUCUGUUCAGGACGUCUUAAUCUCCCUCCCAGUGGAUAUUCUCAUCGACCUUAUUUCCUGCCUCGAUCCCGUUUCUCUCAUCGCCCUUUCUCAAACCUCCAAGGGCCUUCGCAAAUCUAUCAACCCUAUUGAACAUGACUUUCAACAGCGUCUACUCGCUCUCGAACUUCUUCCCAAGGAUGGUGGCCCGGAGCCGGACGACUACCCAGGCUACCCAUUUCGGCACCCGAGAUUUCGUCUUUUACACGAGGCCAUACCACCCAUGACAAACCGUGGCCGGGACUGGUGGGCUAGCAGCCGGUACGCUUGUUUCGGUUGCAUGAAACUUCCCUCGAAUGCCAUGUUUGAUGACAGUGAGUUGUUCAACACAGCCACAAGGAAACCUUGGAUGAGAAGUUCCGAAGUGCAGAAGAUGGCCCUCACAGAUUGGAAACUUGCAACCACGACAGAGAGCAGGCUCUCAUCGAUUCAGAGGCGAGCGGAGCAAGACAGAGAACUCACCGAGCAGUACCGGCAGCAGUAUCAGACGUCCUUCGACUGGAUCAAAGCAGUGAACAGGUGA